CGUAGCAAAUCCAGACGUCAAGAUGGUGCUUGAAAGUACUAUGGUCUGUGUGGACAACAGCGAGUACAUGCGCAAUGGAGACUUUCUACCCACCAGGCUGCAGGCUCAGCAGGAUGCAGUUAACAUUGUUUGUCACUCAAAGACACGCAGCAAUCCAGAAAACAAUGUUGGCCUUAUCACCAUGGCAAACAACUGUGAAGUGUUGACAACACUGACCCCUGACACUGGAAGAAUACUGUCAAAGCUGCAUGCUGUGCAGCCUCGGGGAAACAUCAGCUUCUGCACUGGCAUCAGGGUGGCACAUUUGGCGCUGAAGCACAGGCAGGGCAAAAACCACAAGAUGCGCAUUAUUGCAUUCGUUGGCAGCCCAGUGGAGGACAACGAAAAAGAACUAGUCAAAAUGGCAAAGCGUCUAAAGAAGGAAAAGGUCAAUGUGGAUGUUAUUAACUUUGGAGAGGAGGAGACAAACACAGAGAAGCUCACAGCCUUCAUCAACACACUGAAUGGCAAAGAGGGUGCAGGCUCGCACUUGGUCACUGUACCUCCAGGCCCCAGUCUGGCUGAUGCCCUGCUGUCCUCGCCUAUCCUGGCUGGAGAAGGAGGUGCAGUGUUGGGACUGGGUGCCAGUGACUUUGAGUUUGGAGUGGAUCCCAGUGCUGAUCCAGAGUUAGCCUUGGCUCUGAGGGUGUCUAUGGAAGAGCAGAGACAACGGCAGGAAGAUGAAGCUCGCCGAGCCGCUGUCGCAUCAGCUGCAGAAGCUGGCAUUUCCUCCCCUGCUGCAGAUGAGUCUGAGGAAGCUCUGUUGAAGAUGUCUGUUCCACAUACAGACUCAUCCACACCUGCUCUACCAGACUUCAGCCGCAUGACAGAGGAUGAACAGAUCGCCUAUGCUCUGCAGAUGUCCAUGCAGGGAGCCGGACCAGAGUUUGAUGCUGAAGACAUGGACACAGGAGCUGACAUGGACUCCAGUAAGGCCAAGGACGAAGAGGACUACGAUGUUAUGCAGGAUCCAGAGUUCCUUCAGAGUGUCCUGGAAAACCUUCCUGGGGUUGACCCCAACAAUGAGGCCAUCCGCAACGCCAUGGGCUCUCUGGCCUCCCAGACAAGCUCCAAACCAGACCCUAAGAAGGAUGAGGAGAAGAAGAAAUGAGCAUCGACAGAGAGGAACUUUACAGUAUAUAUUAUUAAUAAAAUGAGACCUAAGAAUAUCACUGCAUGUGUUUAUUCACAGUUAAGGUCAUCCAUCUCCUUAAGGAAAGCAUUUCCAUGUCUUUUUGUUUAUUUAGCUGUUUAUACAGUUUUGGUACAUGGAUUUCGAUUCAAAGGUCUGUCCUAAAUGCUUGUUUUCUUUUCUUUUCUUGGUGUGUCAGGUAGUUUUGCUUUGAUUCUUUUGUAAUAUGAAAAUGCUGCUUAUAAGCAGGUUUCCUUAAUAAAUUUACUGUUAACAAGGUAA